AUGGAGGAUAAGGAGGAGAAAGACAUAGACAGGUACAUUACAGGUACCAUUAUGAGAUCUUUUCUGAUUUAUCCUCUUCUGAUGCUGGUGUUGAGUCUUGUGACAGGUGCACAAGAGGACCCGCGCUUCCCUUUCUCAGAGUACCUGGACCACGGCCGCGAUGUCCGACUCAGGUGGGGAUUCGAUAAAGCGACAGAUAUCAUUACGUUUGAGCUGACCGUGAACACCUCUGGCUGGGUCGGUUUGGGAUUCAGCUCCAACGGAGGUAUGGCGGGAUCAGAUAUUGUCAUUGGGGGAGUGGGAUCUCAAGGAACUUACUUCACGGAUCGCUAUGCUGAAGGGAAAGAAUUACCAUCUGAAGACAAAGAGCAGAACUACGAACUCCUGUCACUGACUGAGGUGAACGGACAGACUGUGAUGAAGUUUCAGCGGCCCAUCACAACGUGUGACCCACAGGACUUUACAAUCACAGGGGUUCCAAUCAAGCUCAUCUACGCUUAUGGGAAAGACGAUGACAUCGGUUACCACGGCAGCCAACGGGGAACCAAGGAAAUCAACCUCCUGAACUACAUGCCCAGCAGCACCCCUUCAGACAGUAAAUACUUUGACUUGACCAUGACAAAUUAUACAAUCCCAGAUGUUAGCACAACCUACAACUGCAAGAUCAUGCCAGCCCCAUCCUUUAACCGAAAACAUCACAUCUAUCGGGUUGAACCCAUACUUGAACAUGUGGAUUUGGUCCAUCACAUGGUGCUGUAUCAAUGCCCAUCCAGUGUAACAAAGCCCCAUGAAGAACUGUGUUUUCAGAGUCCGGAAAUAAACCAGUGCUCCCAGAUAAUCGCAGCAUGGGGUGUUGGAGGAGGGGCUUUUGAAUUUCCAGAGGUGGCUGGAGUUCCCAUAGGAGGAGAUGGGAGAGUGCAAAUGUACAGGCUUGAGAUGCAUUACAACAACCCAUCCAAGCUCAAAGGUCGAGUUGAUAACUCCGGCUUGCGAUUCUUUUAUACCUCUGAGUUACGGCAACACGAUGCAGGAGUUUUUACGACAGGACUGACAGUGAGUCCCGUUUAUGCAAUCCCUCCCACGGCUUCUAGGUUCCACACAUUCGGCUUGUGUGACACCUCUCUGAUAAAACAGAUUUUACCAGACUCUGAUCAGGACCUUCACGUUUUUGCAUCUUUCUUACACACUCACCUGGCUGGGCGGAAAGUGCGGGUCGGCCACUUCAGGGAUGGAAAGCAAAUAGACUUCUUAACAUAUGAUGAAAACUACGAUUUUGAAUACCAGCAAGUCAUAAAUCUGGGGAAAACAAAGACAAUUAAGCAGGGCGACCAGGUGUUGGUGGAAUGCACAUACAACACUCAAGACCGUAACGCUAUCACAUGGGGAGGAUUUGAAACUACAGAUGAGAUGUGUUUUGCCUUCCUCUACUAUUACCCAGUCUUGGACAUCGGUGUGUGUCAGAGCCUCCCAAAUCCAGAUGAUCUAAUGCGGGAGAUGGGCGUGACAAACUACAAGUAA